UAAGCAUUUACUUAGAAAAAUCGCUUUUUAAACGCACGUCAAUCCCAGCUUCAAUAUGAUUAUUUACAAAAAGAAUAUGGACGUUUGAAGCUUCGGUGAACAAUCGCCGUAUUGGUUGCUGACUUUUAAAAUGACGAUUGUUUACAAUGGUAAUAAUAUUUACAAUAAAACAAUAGCGCAUUAUUUGAUGUAACUACAUUUAUAUAGUGAUGGGAUCGGAACAGCUCGCCUUGACCGUUAUUUGCGUCAUCCUGAUAGCUUUGUUGGUUUUUUUCGCCUUCUAUCAUUCCUUCAGCAUCAUCAACUGGAUAAAUGCAUGGAUAACCUCGAACAAAGAAGAAAAAGUCGGUUUGACUCGACUGAAAGGACAUUAUAAUGCAAAUGGAUAUUUGGUGCAGUCUGAUUCUGAUAUCCAAUUGGACUGGACCAGCGGUAGCUUUAAACGAUUUGACUCUGUGGAUAGAGACUUUCGCAUAUCUAUAGCUACAACAAGUUUGACCGAUUGGCAGGUCAGUUCCGAGGAAAAUGACUUUAUUCCACCACAACCCCUUCGACCUGCCCCUGUACCUACCAGCAUAACGCUGCCUUCAGUCAGUAUAGAAAAAAAAGACGAAUUAGUUGAGGAGGAAAAGGAUCAGAACAAGACAACAACCACCAAAACCAGCAGAGGUCUUGUUAUUGAAUCCACGACAAUAUCGCCAAUCCCCAGACCAGUCAGCUCUGUAAAUGUGGCAACGUUGGCUUCCCAGUCUUCGUUUCCUGUCAACUUAGAUCCUCCACCCCCUUCGCCAUCUCGCAACGUUUCAAGGACUCAAAGCGCCCCCUUGAAGCUCUCAUCGGCAGCUACUCAGCAGCAAAUAUCCGAAAUAAAAGAUAAGUCCGGUGACGUUGGUGCCAGCAGCUCCUUCGAAGAGACCGAUGUUAUUUCCGACAACCUAAAACGAGCCCUGUCCUGCGACAGCGUCUGUUCGGACACCUCCGUGGCUUUGGGUGACCUGGAGGACUUGAACGUCAGCGGCUAUUUGUGUAUCGGCCUAGAAUACGACAGCGAAAGUUGGGAUUUUAUCGUCAACGUGUUAGAAGCGAAAAACUUGAGCGGCGUGGCAAUAGUAGACGGGUUCAUGGACACGUACGUCCGAGUGUCCUUGCUUCCCGACAAAGAAGCGACCAUUCAAACUAAAGUGUACAGAAGCACCAGCAGCCCUAGUUACAAAGAGAGGUUUCUAUUCUCGCUGAAUCCAAGGGAGCAAAUGCAGAGAGCCUUGUGUUUUCAACUGUACGCCACAGAUUACCAAUCGCACACCCUUAUUGGCGAGGGAGAACUUCGACUGACUGAUGUAUCUUUAAGACAGCCGGUAACGACCUGGGUAACAUUAACUGACACUGGACAGAGAGGCACAGAGUUUGGUGAAAUAAUGUUUUCCCUAAGCUAUCUACCCACAGCGGAGAGACUUACAGUCGUAGUUGUCAAGGCCAGAAAUUUGAAAUUUCAACCUGGGUCUUCCGGAGAAGUAUUUGUUAAGGUUUAUUUAAUGGUACAAAAUAAGAAAAUCAACAAGAAAAAGACUUCAACUAAAAAGGGAGAGCACUGUCCUAUAUUUAACGAGGCCAUGAUGUUUAGUGUGCCUGUUCAUGCACUUAAUACAAUCCAAAUGCGACUGACGGUGGCUGAGGUUUCCUCAGAAGAUAAUUCCAAGGCCAUCCCACUCGGUCACGUGAUAGUAGGUGGUCAAGCGACGGGCAGACCCUUGAGCCACUGGAACCAAAUGCUCAUAGCUUUAAGAAAACCGGUAGCAAUGUGGCACACUCUUAGAAAAUAAAUAAUCGUAUGUUUACCGUCUUACCUCAACUUGACAGCUACAAGAAUUGAUUAAUUGUAUUCCUAGAUCAUAUAUACUUAUAUGUUCUAGGAUUGUAUUUCCUAUACUGCUGACAACA